ACAGUAUAGUAAUCAUUGAGUCUUCAACGAUCUACCACGUCUUCAAUAUGAAAUUCGCCAUCGUCCUGUUCGCCCUCUUUGCCGUGGCCCUGGCUGCCCCUACUGUCGAGGUCCUGCGAUCGGAUAGCAAUGUUGGAAUCGAUAACUACUCAUAUGCAGUUGAAACCAGCGACGGUACCUCGAAGAGCGAGGAGGGUGUGCUGAAGAACGCCGGCACCGAGCUAGAGGCCAUCUCAACCCACGGCUCCUUCAGCUACGUGGGCCCUGAUGGCCAGACCUACACCGUCACCUACGUGGCCGAUGAGAACGGAUUCCAGCCCCAGGGUGCUCAUCUGCCCGUUGCCCCCGUUGCCUAAGUUAAGGAGUUGAAAUAAAUUGUUUAUAAAAGAAUACUCUUUGUUUGGCUUUCAAAAAAGCCUGGACAUGCAGUGGGGGAAAAUCAUUUACUAUGUCUAGUAGUGAAAAAAAACUUAAUUGGUACAAAAAUGUGUCUUGGUUAACUAGUUAUUUAAUUAAUUUUACGGGGUACGUGGUUGCUGUUACAGUUUCCCAGAAGCAAAAGACGUUUGCGGCUUAGUGGGGCAACAUAUUGAACCAACUUUUGACGUCACUUCAUCUGCAUCCCUAAUCUUCGUUGCCAACAACUCAGAAGUACGAAAUGUGGAAUCGAACUAGAAUUUGUUUUGACUUCUGUGGAUUUCUUAAGAACGUAUAAAUAAUUACCGCACACCU